GUGGCAUCCCCCUUCUUCUUCUUCUUCAUCUUCUACUUCUUCUCCAAUAUCUUCUUCAUCCAUCUUCAUACUUCUUGUUUGUUUUCUAUUUUAGUUCUCUAGGGUUGGAAUCAUUGGAUCCUACUCUUGUUGUUUUUGUCUUUUUCUUUUUCUUCUUUCUUGGUGAUAGAUGGACACCUGAGUUGGAGGAGUUUUUGGAUGUUUUGGGGGGUUUUUGAGAUGAGAGUGAUGGGAUUGGGGAACUUGUUUGUGUUUGGAUUUUAGAAGUCGAGUUUUGGUUUUUGCGGAUUGCGGAGCUGUGGAUAUGAAGAUGAGAAUAUUAUACUCUUCAAUAGGGAAACAGUGGAAGUUCAAUGUUGAGUUUAACUGAAGUCUCAAAGAAUCAGAUGCUUGUGGAUAUUCAAGUUUCAUGCGCCAAUGGCCUUCAAUUGAAAGAUUUGGCUACAUCUGUGGAUGAACAUGUUCCUAAGGUAAGGAAACCUUACACAAUAACUAAGCAACGAGAAAAAUGGACUGAAGAGGAGCACGAUAAAUUUUUGGAAGCUUUGAAACUAUAUGGCCGUGCUUGGCGGCGGAUAGAAGAACAUAUUGGCACAAAGACUGCUGUUCAAAUACGAAGCCAUGCUCAGAAGUUCUUCACUAAGGUGGUGCGUGAGUCGGGAAGUAGCAAUAUGACAACUGUGAAUAGCAUUGAGAUCCCUCCUCCUCGGCCUAAAAGGAAGCCUAUGCAUCCUUAUCCUCGUAAAUUAGGAAUUCCAUCUACCAAAGGAAUCCAAGGUCCUGAGCGUCCAUCUUGGUCUAUUUCAGCAAAUCCCGCUCUUCCUGAGCAAGAGAAGGGAUCACCAACAUCAGUAAUAUCUGCAAUUGGGUCAGAUGCCUCAGGAUCAUCUGGUCCAAAUUCCCCAAUUCGGUGUACAUCUCCACUUUUCUCUGCUUCUGGAUCAGACCCAGAUGGAUCCUUCAAUGAACAAGAGAACGGCAGUGGGUUAUGCAGUUUAUCGACUGAAAAGCAAGGAACUCCAAUGAUAGGCUCUGUAUGUGCUAAGUUGACUGCGGAUGACACAUCUGUCAUGGAACUGGAUUCAGGUAUCGAUGAUGCCUUCCUGUCCAAAGAAGGCUUCUCAGAGCAAACUCAAGGAACAAGUCUUAAGCUCUUUGGUAAAACAGUCAUGAUAUCAGAUCACCAAAAGCCAUUAUCACCGGUCGCUGAGAACAAGGUGCAAAUUAUCAAGUCAUCACCUGCAGAUGAUAAUGGAAGCCAUCAACAAAGCACAGGCAUUGAUCCUGAAAACUCUGAUCAAGCGUUGCAUAACAAUGCAUGGAACCCUUGGGUCGUCGGCAUGCCUCAUCCAAUGUUCUUCUGUUCUCAUCUCCCCAUACAUCCUAUCCAUUCGGCAGAUGCGAGCAGUCUUCCAUUGCCUUUGUGGUGGCCUUUUUCUGGAGGUUUACCAUUUCCGGAUUUUAAUUCAGAAGAGAACUCACCAAAAUACCAGGCAGAAGCUCCGGAUAGAAUUGAGGCUCAAAAGGAGAGUUCUUGGUCUGGUUCCGACACUAGUUCAGGCAGUGAAGUUGUCGACUCGCAAAUUGCAAUCGAUUUAAAGGAGGAGACAGAGCUGGUAUCAACCUCGAAGCUCAAGCCAAGUGUGAAUUCAGCUUUCAGGACUUUGAACUCUGGCAUCAAAAUAUCAUCUAAAGGUUUCAGUCCAUAUAAGAGAUGCACAUCUCUGAAUGAAGUGCAACAUCAACAGCACCCUCAGAUGGUUAGUGAAGAAGAAUAUGGUGGAAGAGUGGAACUGUGCUUGUAGCCCUCUUCUAAUCUAAGCACUUGAUUUUAUCCAAAACAUCAAAUCUCUUUUUCCUCUUUUUUUUUUCCUUGGCAGUUGAACCACUGAUGCAGGUGCAAAAUGUUGCUGAGCAAGUCUCUGGAGGCAAUUUGUCCUGCAUCUUUGCUGUACGUAAGCAACAAAGCUGCCUAUCCUUAUUAACUCUGGAACAUGACCAAGAUAAUCUCUGUUGUUGUAUUCUCCCUGUAACUUGGUUUUUUUUUGGGUAUUCUAUAGCAAUUUUUAGCCAAGUUGUAUAUCUUGUUGUGACAGUCAUGUAUUGAGCAUAAUAAAUUUGGUUGCUCCAUAUAUAUUUGCA